AUGCCUUCCCGCGAAGCAACAGCAUAUUUCGGCGCCGGUCCUGCUCCUCUGCCCACAGCGGUAUUGGAAAAGGCCUCCCAAGUCCUCCUCAACUACAACGACUCCGGCAUCGGCAUCACAGAAAUCUCACACCGUUCAGGCGACGCAGCAAAGAUCCUCGAAGACACAAAGUCGGCACUGGCCCAGUUGCUCGAUAUUCCCACCCAAGAAGGCCCUGAUGGCUACCAGAUCAUUUUCCUACAGGGCGGAGGUUCAGGCGAGUUCAGUGCCUCUGUGUACCACAUGACUGCCCUCUGGGUGGAGAAGAGAAGACAGCAGAUUGUGAAAGAGCUUGGAGAGGAGGAUGAGACAAAGGUUUUCGAGGCUUUGAGAAAGGCUGUCGACGACGAGUUCAAGCUGGACUAUCUGGUCACUGGUAGCUGGUCAUUGAAGGCCAGUCAAGAAGCUGCCAGACUCGUCGGCGCAAACCACGUCAAUGUCGCUGUUGACAGCCGCAAGGCAAACAAUGGCAAAUUUGGCACCAUUCCCAGCGAGUCCUCGUGGUCAUUGACCUCCAACCCCGCCCACAGCGGUAUGGUCUACUUCUGUGAUAAUGAGACGGUCGACGGUGUUGAGUUCCCUGCCUUCCCCAAUAUCGACUCGGACAAGUACCAAGUCAUUGCCGACAUGUCGUCCAACUUCCUCAGCCGCAAGGUUGACGUCAAGAGAUACUCUGCCAUCUUCGGUGGUGCACAAAAGAACGUCGGCACAACAGGAAUCACCAUUGCCAUCAUCAAGAACUCUCUCCUCACUCAGCUCGCUAAGCCCGAUCUCCUCCGCAAACUCAACUUGCCUGUUGGACCCGUGGUUCUUGACUGGCCCACAAUCGCAAAGAACAACUCCCUCUACAACACACUUCCCAUCUUCGACGUUUGGAUUGCCGGGCAGGUGAUGCAGUCUCUGAUCUCCAAGGCCUCGACCUCUGGACCCAAGAUCGCUACACAACAAACCGAGUCGGAGCACAAGGCUUCAUUACUGUACGGUAUUCUCGACAAAUACCCAGUAUAUCAUGUAGUGCCGGACAAGACAGUUCGCAGCAAGAUGAACAUCUGCUUCCGCAUCGGCAGCGAGGAGGACAGAGACGACAAGGAAAAGAAGUUCCUGGCUGGAGCUAACGACAGGCUGCUGCUUGGCUGCAAGGGUCACCGCAGUGUUGGUGGUUGCAGAAUCAGCAACUACAACGCCGUCAGCGUGGAAAAGUUUGUAGGGGAACACCUUGAUGAGUCGGAACUUGGUUUGGCAGAUCGUUCACACGUGAUUCUGGGGCACACGCCGAAGCUCGACCAGCAACGAGAGCGACGAUGCUGUGAAUGCCAUCAUGUCAACAAUAUUAUGGCCGCCGUUGCCAGACGUCUCGACGCGAAGCCUCGCUCGACGAGCAGACGAAACGCGACAACCGCCCUACUGGCACCACGAGAUCAAGGCAGCACUUUAGUCGUCUCUUCACACCGAAGCGAGGCCGUCAAAGGUUUCAUCACCCGCAAUGGCUCCAACAUCACCAAAGGUGACGUCCAGCUACGCCUCGCCUCGUUACCCCCUCCGCGCGGCCAGACGAGCUACAAGCUCUCCAUCUCCACUUCGCCCUCGGCCCCUGCUUUGAGACUGAAACAAAUCGCUGAAGUCAGGACUUUGAUCAAUUCGAGUUUGGAUGUCGUCGAUGCUACUACAUGGACUGGCGACAAGCGCGACGCAAAUUUCAUCUCGGGCCAAUUGACCUUGCUGCACGAAAACAUCCGCGACGCCAAAGCUGUCCUCAAAGCUGAUCCUGCUGCCUCUGAAGCUGACAAGACUUGGGCAUCUGAUCCACUCGACGACAAGAUCUUUGAUCCCCCACCUCCACCGAACCUCUCCUUUCAUCUGAGCAUUUCAGACGCUGCUCUGCUUCUCCACGUCCGCACCCUCGAACCUGCCUCCAGCACCGGAUCCUCAACACCGUUGGGUGGGGGUGGUCCCUCGUUCACUGGCUUUGGCCUUCGCGACAGGCUUGCACAUGCACUAGGUGCUGGUCCACGACCCCCUGCCCACGACGAGGCCGAAGACGUUUUCACAUAUCGCGGCGCCCAAGUACGAGUCAAAGAGAAGGUUAGAGUCGAAAGCCAGGAUCCAAGCCUGAUUAGCGCUAUGGCAAAGUUGGCCGCAUUGGAACAUACCGUCGAGCUGGGAAGAAGGGCUCUGGAUGUUGUCAUGACCAAGUCAGACGAGUCCAAUUCGUCUGCCAUGGCCAAUCUUUAUACCGAAUUUCUGCCAAACAUCAAAACCCUGACCGUCACUACGGUGCUGGACACCCCUAGAAAUGACACCACUGCCCUGUCAUUGUCGAGCGACCGCACAAAACUCAUCCUCGAGCACAACAAUCGCACCCACGAUGUUACGCUGCCAGCCAGAAUAUCUGGCCAAGGGCCUCAAAAUCUGCAGCUCCCAAACACAGGCGAAUCGCAAUGCGCAAACCGCAUACCAGCUGAGCCCUUCUUCGGCGAAGAAGAACCCAUUGCUCUCUGGUCCGCAACGUAUCUCAACUCACAGACGAGGGUGCAUUGCAAACAUUGCAAUGCGCUUGUAUCAAGCGACAAGAUUCGUGACUGGAAGAACUUGCCAUCUGAAGCUUGGGCCGAAAUGAUGGACCUAUGGCACUGCCAUAAACCUGACGAACCCGACCAUGGCCACGAAGAUGCUCCAGCUAAGAAGGGUUAUGCUGCUGGUAACAAGCUCAGAGCUCAGGCCGGUGUCGGUCUUGUUGACGUGAUGAGUUUCCUUCUGUCUGAAGGCGAUUGUACGGUUGAGGGUCGGUCACUCAAGGACAACGACGACAUCCACCAAGUCAAUUGCAAGAAGUGUGAUACGAUUCUGGGAUAUCGCGACCCUCAAACGGAAGGCAUCCGCCUGCAGAAGCCCUACCUUGCGCUAUCCUCUCAGAAAAAUGGCGCCUUACGCUCUUACGACGCAGCACAUUGGUUCUCCUGCUACCUCCAUCAAGCGAUAGAGACUCAGGGCGUGCGUAAAUUUGUCUUUCCAACCCUGCCACACGAGAUCUGGGUGUUCUCGACGAACCUAGCCUACUCAUCGCUUGAGUGUCCUGAGCCCAAGCAAGCCAUGAAGGUCUUGUUCAAGGCAAGAGAAGGCGGUCAGGAUGUUGAGACGCUUCGAGCAGGCAACCUGUUGAUAGAGACGCUGACCUUGUCACCAUCUUUGGAGGAGUUGUUUUAUCGGGUCUUGGAACAGGAGAACGCCAAGCUACCCGAGAGUCUGCAGAUUUUGAUGGGCUGGCAGGUGGCAGUCUUGCCCGUGUUGUACGGCUCUGAUGGCAUUCAAGCAUAA